UCAAUGAAGGUUAUGUAAAAUUUGUGGUACUAUUUUUAUAAAUUAAAAAUAAAAAUAAUUGUAUUCACAUAAAAUGUCAAUGUACUAUGAUAUUAAUGAAAUAUCCGUUGAAAAUAAUAAUUAAUAAUUCCUAAGUAAUUGUCAAUUAUGAAAUAAUAUGAUAAUCAAUAAAUUAUUAUCAAGAAUAGAUCAAGAAAUAGUAAUCAUCUUCUGCAUAUAAGCUUUGAGCAUACACAAAUUUCAAUUAUAAAAAAUGGAACUCUAUAAAAAUAUUUUUAUAAAGCGUAAUUUGUAUACAUGUACAGUAUUGAAUAAAGAAGCAUUAAAAAGUUCAAAAUCUAGAUCAGCGAGCUCUCACAGAUGGUUAACGCGUCAGCUGAAAGAUCCUUACGUAGAAAAAGCAAGACAAGAAAAUUACCGAUGCAGAAGUGCAUUUAAACUUCUAGAAAUCAAUAAGCGAUUUAACAUUCUUACUCCAGGUCUAGUUGUUGUAGAUUGUGGUGCAGCUCCUGGAAGUUGGACUCAAGUGGCUUUGAAACUAACGAAUGCCAUUGGAAAAGAUGAAGAUAAAGCAGUAGGACGUGUUUUCGCUAUUGAUAGACUUCCAAUUCAUCCAAUUGAUGGUGCCACAAUUCUUGGAAAUGCAGAUUUUACUCUACCAAACACCCAAAGUACUUUGAAACAAUUAUUAAAUGGACAACCAGUGGAUGUUGUUCUUUCUGACAUGGCACCUAAUGCUACUGGUGUUCGCCAACUUGAUCAUGAUAAAAUAAUGUAUCUUGCAUAUUCUGCUAUGAAGUUUGCAGUGGAAAUGUCGAAAGUGGGUGGUACGUUUGUUACAAAAGUUUGGGAUGGUCAACAAACUUCUGAAUUUGAAAAAGAUGUCGAGAAAUUUUAUAAAUCUAUAAAAAUUAUUAGACCUCCUGCCACAAGAGAUGAGUCUGCAGAAAUGUUUAUUUUAGCACAAGGAUUUAAAGGUUUGAAACAAUUAAAAACCUGAUAUGUAUGAAAAAUCUACAAUAUUAUUGUAGAAAUUACGAAUUAAUAAUAAAGAUAUUAAUAAGAAUGGGAAAAA